AUGACGCCGACACCACCAUCUGCAGCGACUUCUUCGUCGGGACAUUCUCCCGAGGAGCAGUUCCGCGUAGUCAGACGCAGGAACCGUGUUCCCUUGAGCUGCUUGCCCUGCAGAACCAGGAAAUUGAAGUGCAAUAGAGGAACUCCAAACUGUGACAACUGCGUGAAGCGUGGCGAUACACACUCAUGCGUAUAUGCCAGUCCGUCAACACGAAGGAAGAACACAACUACCGAUGCAGCAAAUGCAAGCCCCGACGAUAUGCAAAAUCGCAUCGAUCGUCUCGAAGGCUUGGUAUUGACUCUGAUGCAUGGCGGGGCUAACAUCGAUGCAUCCGCCGUUGCGGCCGCUGCAGCUACAGCUUCUUCUGGUGAUGCACGCGCCUCUGUCACAGAUAGCAGUAGUGCAAAGAACGACAGAGACGAAAACUCCAUGAGGGAUGAACCCGAAGGCGACAGUGAUGUGGAGGACAAUCUAGCCACUUCCCUUGGUGUGCUGAAAGUAGAUGUCGAUAAGGGCAAGUCCAUGUAUAUUGGGCAAGAUCAUUGGCAUACCCUGCUCGCUGAUAUCUCAGAGGUCAAGACCUUCUUCGCCUCGCACAAGAAAGAUUUGGAGAAGAGCUAUGAGAGAGUCAUGUCAUCAAAGCCGGCGACUGCGCGUGACUCACCGAUUUUCCUCCUUUCAGCACCGCCAGCUUCGGAGACAGAAUUACGAGCCGAGAUGCCGGCAAAGUCCGCUAUCACUACCCUUGUCUCGCGGUACUUCAACUCGCUCGACACAGCUGUGAGCAUCAUACAUGGGCCUACGUUUCAGCAGCAGUUGCGGAAUCACUGGCAAGAUCCUGCGAGGUCGUCAAUCAUGUGGGUUGGAUUGGUAUACUCAAUGCUGUGUCUGGCGAUGCUGAGCUAUCACAAAGUAGGAGAUGAGCCACCGGAGUGGAAAGGAAGAUCACUGGAACUUGCAGCUGAAUAUCGACUGAGGACAGUACAGUGCCUGGUGGCAGCAGACUUCACUAAACCUGUCGAAUACACGGUGGAGACAAUGAUUCUGUAUUUGUUUGGGGAAUGGUCUUCGCGCUGGGAUGCCGAUCUUGCAUUGUGGCUUAUCACUUCCAUGAUAACAAGGAUAGCUAUGCGCAUGGGUUACCACCGUGAUUCUGAGUGGUUUCCAUCGGUUACACCAUUUCAAGGAGAGAUGCGACGACGGACGUGGGCUUUGAUCCGCAUGUCUGACAUCAUGUUUUCUUAUCAAGUCUCCCUACCAACAAUGAUUUAUGACCACGACACUGACACGAAGCUACCCCACAACAUCUUUGACGAGGAAUUCGGGCCAGAUACAAAGGUUCUUCCGCCCUCGAGGCCAAUCACUGAGCCGACUCCUAUGGCUUACAUGAUCGCAAAGACGAGUCUUUGCAUCGAAUUCGGCAACAUUUUACAAACCGUGUCGCGUGUUGGAAGGCAGGCCGCGUACGAAGAUAUUCUGAGCCAUGACAGCAGACUGCGGGAAAUAUUGGAGGAACUUCCUCCACAUCUGAAAAUACAUCCAUUGGAGGGAUCGCAUGAUCCCGUGACCCUAUUGAUCGCGCGCUUCAACAUCAAUCUUUUGUACCAAAAGAUCAUGUGUAUGCUACACAGAAAACACAUGAUCAGGGCGAGGCAGAACCCGCGCUAUGCACAUUCAAGGCGCAGUGCUGUCGAAGCAUCGUUAGAAACCCUGGCACAUCUGCGCACUAUACAGCGGGAAUGUCAGCCCACUGGCCGGCUUCGUACGAUGAAGUGGUAUGUGCAAUCUACUUCGAAGGAUACCCUUUUGCCAACGAUGUUGAUUGCACUUGAGCUCCACCAUGACAACGUUGCGGCAACGUCUGGACAACGGCAGGAUUCACAGGCAAGCUAUUUCUGGACUCCAGAGCAGCGAACGGAGAUGAUGAGUGCUCUAGAAAGUGUCCGGGACAUUUGGAAAUCCCUCACGCAAGACUCAGUGGAAGCUUACAAGGCAGCCAACAUUCUCGAUAUCCUGCUAGAAAAGAUCAAGAGCCCGAACUCGGCCCCUACGACCAUGAACCUGGAUCUCACGAAACAAGAGAACCUAUUUGGAAGUUUCGGUUCAGCCGAUUUGCAGCCCGAACAUUCGGCAGCCAUGACGCUAGGCAUGAUGUCAACUGGACUCACGCCGAACUAUCAAUCUCCAGGCGGCACCGCAUACCCACCACUGGACAUGGGUAUGAAAGACAUGGGCUCUGGCUUCACUCCCAAUCUCUUACAAGCUGAAUUCCCAUCUGGAACAAAUAAUGCCGCGUCUCCAUUCUCCAUGUUUAACAACUUUGGAGGCACUUCUGGUGACAUGGCCUUGGACCAGAGCUUCGAUUGGGCCGCAUUCGAGAAUUAUACGCAAAAUGUGAAUUUCGGCGAGCAGGCUUCUUUCGGCUUUUUCCCUGAUGGACAGCAGCAGUCCCCGCAAGGCACUUCUACUGACAGCUCAUUCUCAUUCAUGAAUAUGAACACCCCGGGGACGAAUAAGUCGAACCCUUCAUGA